AUGGGAAACUGCACUUCUCCACCAAAAAAAUUGCGUAAAAAUGGAAAGGAUAUUCCAGAUCUGAAAGAAGGAGAAUAAAUUAUUAACUAUAAAGGAAAAAUAUAUAAAAUAAAUGUUAGAGAUAUAUACCAAAAAAAAUAGAGCCCAGUUUAACUAUAAUUCAAUGAAUAAGAAUUAAAUUUUAUAUAGAAACAACACUGCUCUUCUAUCAUUCUUGACAAUAUUGAAAAAAAAAAUUCUAUCGCUACUGCUGAUCCUAUGUAUAAUGCUCACAGCCAUGUUAAACACUAAGAAUUCUAGCUUUAGCACAUAUAAAAUAGUACAUUGCAUGCUAGAAGAAGUAAAUAUAGUAUUAAUGAAAUCCCAACAUCUAAUUUAUUAUCUCCAUCAUUACCUAAGCCUUCUAUCAAAAGCAACUUUGAUUGA